UUUAUUCAUUCAUAAGUGAACCGCUAACCUUCAAUUUCUUAACCUUCCGACAUAAUUUUUCUCAUAAAUUAUAGAAUUGUUGAAGAACAUACAUUUCAGUGACUUUCUUUCUGUGCUCAUUGAAGUCUGUGGUAACUGUUCCUGCUGAUCUACCCUUUACUUCUUUCAUAGCCGUGCUCAAUUUAAAAUAACUCCAUCUUCAAGCGGGACAAAAACUAUUUUAUACAUGUCGAAUAAUCACGACCGUAAUCGUUCUCAAUCGGGGGAUUCUGCCGAAACGAUUACUCAAUAUGCAAUGCAGCCUGAUUCCACCAUAGAUUACAAUUCUCCUCGUGAUGUGCCAAACGGGUCCGUCGCUAGCCACGGUAUAGGCGAUUUUGUGAUGCCUGAAGUGCAUGAGCCUGAUUCUUUUGACGCGGACGCGUCGCUUGCAAACCAUUCGCAAGGAGCUACCAAUGAAGAAAGUCGAGUCCAGAGAAAGAUGUCGUCGAGAACAGAUCCAGUAGGACCAUCUUCUUCAUCGGUAGAUCAUAACAAUGCUUAUCAGUAUCGACCGUACACAAGUCUAAGUAUGUACCACAUGACUAACCCGAGACAGGAUGGAGAAUUCUAUCAGUCGGCUCAGUCACCCCAUUCACCGGAUCAAAGAGCAGGCCCAACGAACUCUUCAAAAGGACGUCAAACUGCCUCUUCUAUCAAGUCAGAAGAGUCAUUAAAUUUAAAAGCCCGUCAAACUGCUAUCAAUGAAACAAGGGCUUUCGGUAUCCGUCUUUGGAAACCUGCCUUAUACAAAAAGCUUCGCUCAGUGAAUCGUGAUGCUGAAAUUGACAUUCACGAUGAGCCGCUAAAGCGUCCUAGUAAAUCUGUAUCGAAUUGGAUUUGGUUUAUCUGUUUUGGUAUUCCUUUAUUUUCUGUCAUGUUCCUCUGUUUCCUUUUCUUCAGUCUCCUUUCUUAUUAUAAUCUUCCUUACGCUGGUUUGUACAUGCGUCUCUGUCGAGGUCUAAUGUGGUACCUUUUAUAUCCCUUUGGCCAGCAUGUCCGUCAUAGAGUGCGUCCUAAAAUCGCUAAUUCUUCUACUCAUAGAAGAAGUAGAAGAAGAAGUAGUUCCCAACAAGCAGAUGAUUUGCGCUUGCAUUUUCUUACGUUUUCUUUCUGCGAAAAUCCCAUGAACAGGACUCUGGAUUGCGAGGCGUCUAAAGGACCGUUCAGCAUAUCAAUGGUUGUUUAUUAUAUUUUCUUUUACUUACUUAUUACACCUUCUCUUCUUCUUGUUUCUGCAAUUUGUAUGUUUAGUAUUUUCUUUAUCCCUUGCGCACGCACUUUAUGGACCUUAUGGAAACAUUUGCGUACUUGUCCCCUAGCUAUCUCCUUCAGAAAUAACAUUGCUCUACCAAUCUCGCAUGAGUCGCUGGAGGUGGUGCUCCUUUGCGUUAAACAAGCUGCCAGCUCGAAAUACUAUAAAUAUACAGUGGACGGGAUAUACAUUAUUUAUUUUGAUAUGCUUGCAUUAAUUUUCCCAACAAUUAUUAUUGGCUUUUUUGGACCAAAAGGUUAUUGGUUCUCGUCUCCUAUGGUCAUAUUCACCGCGUCUUUGAUCAGUAUUAUUCCAUUGGCUUAUUUUAUUGGAAUGGCAGUGGCAUCCAUCUCAGCUCAAAGUAGCAUGGGUAUGGGAGCAUUUAUCAAUGCAUUUUUUGGUUCGGUCAUUGAAGUCUUCCUCUAUUCAGUAGCUUUACGACAAGGCAAUGCUCAACUUGUUGAAGGAAGUAUCAUUGGUAGCAUAUUGGCAGGUCUAUUGUUGAUGCCGGGUUUGUCCAUGUGUGCUGGUGCGGUAAGAAAGAAGUUUCAGUUCUUUAAUAUAAAGUCUGCUGGCGCCACUACCACAAUGCUUCUGUUCGCUGUUCUUGGAGUUUUUGCACCAACCAUGCUAUUUCAAAUUUACGGUUCCUUUAGGUUAGAAUGUACCAGCUGUGGUCCCGAAUGUCAAACAUGCACAAAACGAUUCGUACUACUUAAUGACUCUUUCUACCAAGAAAGAGUUUGCCCAUUCACUUAUUUUUGUGCUGUUUUACUCGUCUUGGCGUAUGCCAUUGGCUUGUGGUUUACACUAAGAACGCAUGCCGCUCAUAUCUGGGAGAACUUGAAUGUUAACGAUGUUUCGAUGAUUCUUAAUAACCUGGAUGACCCUAUUAUUGAUGAUAAUCGUAAUGAUCAUGAAGAUAAUGACGCUAACUCAACCUCUCGAGAACCACUUGAUUGUUCCUCCGAAUAUGCUUCUUCUGACACUUCUUCCAGUCAGAAUUUCGAAAGAAAUCAACAAAAACCAUAUAGUCCCGAACCUCAGAGUUAUCCAGAACAGAGUACGAAAGAGCCAAAAGGACAUGGAGAAGACGCGCCAAAUUGGUCUCGUCUCAAAAGUGCUGUUAUUCUUUUAUCAGCAACCUUUGCAUAUGCGUUAAUUGCUGAAAUUUUAGUCCGAAAUGUUGAUACUGUAAUGGAGAGAUACUCAAUCAGUGAAAAACUUCUCGGUUUAAUUUUGUUUGCUCUUGUCCCCAAUACUACAGAAUUUAUGAAUGCCAUCUCAUUUGCACUUAAUGAUAAUAUAGCUUUAUCAAUGGAAAUUGGUUCUGCUUAUGCUUUACAAGUGUGUCUACUGCAAAUACCUUGCCUUAUGGCGUACAGUGCCUUUGAAUAUUAUCGCUCGGGGGCAACUUUGUCUUUUGAGCAUCUGUUUACGCUUAUAUUCCCCAGUUGGGACAUGAUUUGUAUUAUGAUAUGUGUGUUUUUACUGACCUAUGUUCAUUCUGAAGGAAAGAGUACAUAUUUUAAAGGAUCUAUUUUGGUCCUUGCAUAUCUAGUGUCAAUGUUUGGAUUCGUGUUCUUUAAUGUUUAAAAGCUAUUCCGGCUGAUGUGAGGACUUUGUUUGUUUUUAUUUCUAACUUCUAUAAAUUAUUAUUUAUCGAAAAUAUAUACUUGUGAAAUUAUGUUAUUAUUAAGGUCAAAAUAAGGAGGUCGUUUACUAAAGAUAGAUAGAAUAAGCAAAUAUAAUAAAAAAAAAAGAGUUGAGCAAAUCUAAGUUUGUUUGUAAAGAUGAUAGGCGCCAGCUUGCUGGUUAGGGAAUAUCAAGGUGUCUGCGAUGACUACGUUAGGACGGCGGGAAACAGCAAACACAAUGACCUCGGCAAUGUCUUCUGGGAUCAAGGGCUCAUAACCUUUAUAAACAUUGCCGGCUUUUUCAUGGUCACCAGAAUAGCGGACCAUACUGAACUCAGUUUCGACUUGACCAGGAUCGACUUCCAUAACACGGACACCGGUAUCAAUGGUUUCCUUGCGCAAUGCAGAAGUGAAUUGAGCAACAGCAGAUUUUGUCGAGCAAUAGACAGAACCUCCAGGAUACGACUCUCUACCGGCGAUACUGCCGACGUUAACGAUGUCACCCUUACCCUUCUUGUAGUAGAGGGGUAGAACAGCACGAGUCAUAGCCAUCAAACCAAGAACGUUGGUAGUUACCAUACGAACGGCGUCAUCCAUUUUUAGAUCUUGAACCCUGUCAACACCGACGGCAAAACCGGCAUUGUUCACCAAGACAUCAAUAUCGGCGAAUUCUUGGGGUAAGUUUUCGACGACUUUAGGAAUCGAUUCCAAAUCGGAUACAUCCAAUUUCACAGGAAGAACAGAAACACCAUAUUUCGAAGUUAAAUCCUUAGCAAUUUCCUCAAUAGCAGGAAGACGACGAGCACCUAAAAUCAACCUGACCUUGGCAACCUUUGCGAAUUCAUAGGCUGUGCUCUUACCAAUACCAGAAGAAGCACCAGUGAUAAGAAUAGUCUUAUUAUCCAAGCGGCUCAUAUUUAUUGACCUUUUAGAGAGAAAAAGUAACUGGUAGAAGAGAAGUUACAGAGAACGACCUAAAUCGAGUAUUAAUAUGAUAUCAUAGAAUUAUUGUAUUAGAUUGCAUUAGAUAAAAAGAUAAAUAAAAGUGAAUUGAGA